GUCCUCGACCACGAGCAUCUCAUCUCACGCCUUCCACUGCCCACCCAUCCCAAAAUGCAUACCUCACGUCUUUUCACGAGGCUCGAGGCACCAGGUCGACCCAAGACGUUAGUCGGUCCUGAUGAUGGCACGAUCGUGUCUCCUCGGGCGGCAGUGAAAUUUUCGCGCUUUUUUCACCCAUGGGGUGAAGGUCCGGGAAAACAGCUUUGUAUGAAAUGUCGAGUUGAAAACGCAAGGGCGGGCGAGGAUUACGUGCUUGAGCGCACUGCUCAGAAAAUAUACAUAAUUCGAAGGAUGGGCUGCUUUUCAGCGACUCGGGUCCAUCUACUUUUUUUGCACCUCCUUUGCCGACUUUGAAUACUUCCGACUUUGAGGAAGAUGGCUGAACAUAAGCCUCAUUUGGAUUUUAAAGACGAUGCCUCGACUUCGAGCCAUCCCGUGUACACCAAAACCGAGGAAGGUGGUAGCGGUACGUCAACUCUUGGCUCGUUUACUUCCAUCUUUGACUUAUGGUAUGUGUUCCUAGAUGUUGAGUUCAACCAGACCUCCGAGGAUCGAAGGCAGAUUGGUACCUUCAGUGCCGCGUUUCUCAUUUUCAACCGUAUCAUUGGAACCGGUAUCUUCUCGACGCCCUCUGCCAUCCUCGCAUUGACCGGUUCCGUCGGUUUGUCAUUAUUCAUUUGGGUCGCGGGUAUGGUUAUCGCCAUUCUGGGAUGUCUCGUCUAUCUCGAAUUCGGUAUGGCUAUUCCAAGGAACGGUGGCGAGAAAAAUUACCUGGAGGUCGUAUACACUCGUCCCAAGUACCUCGUCACAGCCAUGUACGCCUCUUACGUCGUUCUCCUCGGUUGGGCAUCUGGAAACUCGGUCGUCUUCGGUGAAUACAUCCUACACGCAGCCCAAGUCGAAGUCGACCGAUGGAACCAACGUGGUGUCGCUCUCGCCUGUAUCACAGCCGCUUUCCUCAUUCAUGCGACCCAUGUAAAAGCUGGUUUGUACCUGCAGAACUUCUUGGGCGUGAUCAAGUUGAUCAUCAUUGCGAUCAUUAUCGUGGCGGGGUGGGUUGCGCUUGGCGGUCAUUUGAAGGUCGAGAAGCCGCAUAAUUUCGAUAAUGCGUUUGAAGGGACUAGGGGGAGCGGAUAUGGGAUUGUGACGGCCCUUUAUAAUGUCAUUUGGUCAUACAUUGGAUAUUCGAACGCCAACUACGCCCUCAGCGAGACGAAGAACCCCGUUCGUACCCUCAAGAUUGCUGUGCCCACUGCCAUCGUCUCCGUCUCCAUACUCUACAUGCUGGUCAACAUCGCGUACUUUGCGGCCGUGCCCAAAGCGGAAAUCCUUACCUCUGGUCGUAUCGUCGCUGCCAAUUUCUUCCGUAACAUGUUUGGGGAGCAGGCGGAGCGUGCCCUCUCUGUCUUUGUCGCCUUGUCUGCGUUUGGUAACGUUCUCAGUGUGAUGUUCUCCCAAGGACGAAUCGUACAGGAACUAGGUCGCGAAGGCAUCUUACCCUUUUCACGACUCUGGGCCUCCAACAAACCCUUUAACGCCCCCGCAGCGGGUCUAUUCGAGCAUUAUAUCGUCUCCGUCGUCGUCAUGCUCGCCCCACCCCCAGGCGACGCCUACAACUUCCUUCUCAACCUGAUCUCGUACCCUCUCGCCAUCGUCAACGUGUUUGUCUCCGCUGGCCUGGUCUACCUAUACCUGAACGCCAAACGGCUAAACUGGAACCCACCAUUCCGCGCGACGCUGCCGGUUGUGAUUCUCUUCCUUCUGUCGAAUAUCUAUCUGGUGAUAGCGCCUUAUAUCCCUCCGGAUGGCGACAACGUCUAUAACGAACUGCCUUAUUACCUGCAUUGCGUCGUGGGACUGGGCAUCUUUGCGGUCGGAGCUAUUUAUUGGCUGUUGUGGACGAUAGUGCUGCCGAAGAUUGGCGGGUAUAGGUUGGUGGUGAAGACGACAUUAGGGAGCGAUGGGUGGUCGAGAAAACAUUUCAUCAAGGAGAAAGUGCAAUGAUCUUGAUGUCUGUGUGUGUUCUGUUUUUGCAUGACUCUUGACGUUCUAUGAUGUUUGCUGUCAUGUGUUGCUCUUGGGACUUUUGCUUUGUUGUUGUCUUCUGGGACCUCAAAAGUUGUGAUUAUAGUACUGUAUAAUUAGAUACCCUAGAUGAAUGUAUAUUCUACAUACGACACUUUAUCAUCUGGGAUUAAGCAUGGGGUGACUAGCGAGU